AUGUAUGCUAUUGUUCUCUCUAUCUUCAUAGUUAUCCUCGCUUUAGGGAUGGUGACAAAGGAAACACAAGGAGAAAAAUUAUGUCGUGCAAAUAUAAUCACAAAAGAUGAAGACUGUGAAUCUAUGGUGUGCGCGUAUGACUGUUCUUCAAAAUGGAAGGGAAUAGGCGAGUGUGUGAGUUCAAAAAGCACGAUGUGCAUCUGCACUCAUCAUUGUUAA